UUUUUACACGUUUUCUAGCAUAUUUGUUUUAACUUUAACGACAAUAGAUUUUUUAACUUUAUAAUAAUGGCGAGCAACAAUCUACUUUCAGCACCAGACUUAUUAGCUUCUUCAACAAAAGCAGAUAAAAUUGUGUUCUACCUAUCGCUUGGCAUAAGCUUGUUGACACUUUUUCCCAUCACCUAUGCAAUUUGGUUUCGGAAUUUCCCUCCUAUUAAGGCGCAGCACGUAGGCAUGACAGUUGCAAUUGGCAUUGGUGGCAUCAUCUUUAACAUUUCCAACAGCAUGAUGCAGGGCGUGCUUGGAUUUGACGGCAUUAUUGGGUACUGCAAGUUCUGGGGAUCGUGGACUAUAUUCACAUUUGGCCUGGGCGUGCUUCUGCCCGCCAUCAACAUGCGUUUGUUGCUAUUCCAUCGCGUGUUUAUUACUGGCAACACACCAGCUUUCUCCGACAACAACAUUAUCAACUUUUUCCGCCGAUUCUGGCUGUUUAUUGUACUCUGGUUACCAACACUUGUCACUAGCAUUGUCAUUUCGUCGCUUAAGGGUCGGCGAGGAGCAUGGAAUAUGGAAGAAUACGGGUUGCGCGACUGCACAUUCAGCAACGGCUUUUUGAUAUGGAUUUACGUCUACAUAUUUAUCACGGUUUUAUUCUCAUGGGUGAUCUACCUCCGUAUGCGCAGAAUUGCUAAUGUGUUUGAUGGCGUGGUCAUAAAACUUAUCAAGGGCUCAAAUUCGCCCUGGGGCCGGAUUGUUAUUGUUGUGACAGACACAAUCAUGAUUAAUGGCUAUACCUGGAUAAAACCAUCCGCACUUUGCAAAAUGCUUCAAAGGGACAAUCUGCUUGUUCAACAUAAGCGUGGCGUGAAUAUGGUAUCCAAUAAUUACAUCAAGACAGAAGAGAAUCUACGAGCGAGCUCAACUUAUUGCUAAUGGUUGACAAUGUAUUAAUUGGCGGCCUGGUAGUUGUAGAGUACAUAUCCUUUAUCUAUUUGUGAUUGGAAAAUCCAACACAUUUUAUUUUUGGCUCGUUGAGCGUGCACAUUGUGUCUUAG